AUGGAUCCUCUUUUCAACAUCACCGACAGCAACACCAGCACCACCAACUCCACCAACGGGACUGAGUACUGGAACCAGUUCGUGCAGCCCGCCUGGAGGAUCGCGCUGUGGGCCAUCGCGUACAGCUGCAUCGUCAUCGUGUCCGUGGUGGGCAACGUGACGGUGAUCUGGAUUAUCAUGGCUCACAAACGCAUGAGGACCGUCACCAAUUAUUUCCUGCUCAACCUGGCGUUUGCAGAAGCCUCCAUGUCCGCCUUCAACACCGUCAUCAACUUCACCUACGCCGUGCACAACGAGUGGUACUUCGGGCUGGUUUACUGCCGCUUCCACAACUUCUUCCCCAUCGCCGCGGUGUUCGCCAGCAUCUACUCCAUGACGGCCAUCGCGAUGGACAGGUACAUGGCCAUCAUCCACCCCCUGCAGCAGCGCAUGUCGUCCACGGAGACGAAGGUGGUGGUGGGGGUGAUCUGGGUGCUGGCCCUGCUGCUGGCCUUCCCUCAGUACUACUACUCCAACACGGACCAGCUGCCCGACCGCGUGGUCUGCUACAUCGACUGGCCCGAGUACAGCGUGUGCGACUUCAAGAAGAUGUACUAUGUGUGUGUGGCCAUCCUGAUCUACUUCCUGCCUCUGCUGGUGAUGGGAUGUGCUUAUCUGGUGGUGGGACUGACUCUCUGGGCCAGCGAAAUCCCCGGAGACUCUUCCGACCGAUACAAGGAGCAGCUGACCGCCAAGCGCAAGGUGGUGAAGAUGAUGAUCGUGGUGGUGUGUACGUUUGCCAUCUGCUGGCUGCCCUACCACGUCUACUUCCUGCUGCACCAGUUCUUCCCGGAGAUGUUUGAGGAGAGGUUUAUCCAGCAGGUGUACCUAGCCAUCAUGUGGCUGGCCAUGAGCUCCACCAUGUACAACCCCAUCAUCUACUGCUGCCUCAACGACAGGUUUCGCGCUGGUUUCAAACAAGCCUUCCGCUUCUGCCCCUGCGUCCCGCGAGGCUCUUACGAAGGCCUGGAGCUCAAGUCCACACGCUACCUUCAGACCCAGACCAGCGUGUACAAGGCCAGCCGGAUGGAGACCACCGUGUCCACCGUCCUGCAGGUGGCAGACGACAUGGAGCAGCAAAAGGUGAAGGCGAUACCGGGUCCAAGGCCCACGGGACCGGCAAUCGGGGCCAGCUCCUCCCUGGAUCUCACCUCCAACGGGUCGUCCUCUCGGAGCGUCUCUAAAACUGUCUCAGAGACGUCCAGUUUCUACUCCAGUAACAACCUGCAGGAAUGA